AUGCAUUUCUCUACCUUGGCCCUCGCUCUUGGAGCAGUUGCAUCUGCCACUGCGCAGACUGGCAACGUCCGAGAAAGGGAUAUCAAUGAUCGCCUCAAGCCUCGACCAGAUAGCUACUGGGACCACAUUGUCAACGGUGCCGAUGUCGCACAGGCACAGGCUGCGGCCAGGAGCGAGGACAGCACCGACCUGUCCAACUUCAACCUUCGCGCCAAGGCCGUCGAUCCUUCUUCUCUGGGCAUCGAUACUGUGAAGCAAUACAGUGGUUACCUUGACAACAACGAGCAGGACAAGCACCUGUUUUACUGGUUUUUUGAGUCAAGAAACGACCCUGCCAAUGAUCCAGUUGUCUUGUGGCUCAAUGGUGGCCCUGGGUGCUCCUCCAUGAUCGGGCUUUUCAACGAGCUCGGCCCAUCUGCGAUUUUGUCUAAUCAGACGAUUGUGCGCAACGAGUACGCUUGGAACAACAACGCGUCGGUCAUCUUCAUUGAUCAACCGGUCAACACUGGUCUGUCAUACAGCAAGACAAAUGCUACUGGAAGCACUGUCGCUGCUGCUGAUGAUCUCUACGCCCUCCUCACUUUGUUCUUCACCCAGUUCCCUCAAUACUCGACGCAGCCUUUCCAUAUUUCAGGAGAGUCCUAUGCUGGUCAUUAUAUUCCUGGAAUUGGCCACAAGAUCAUCUCUGAGCCUAACUCAAUCAUAAACCUGAAGAGUCUGUUGAUCGGAAACGGAUUGACAGACCCCUAUACCCAGUACGCCUACUACCGCCCGAUGGCCUGUGGUGAGGGUGGCUACCCAUCUGUCCUCUCAUCCACAGCUUGCCAGCGAAUGGACAGCAACUUGGCCAGCUGCCAGAAGCUGAUCCAAGGCUGCUACGACGGCACUCUGUCAUCGUGCAAGAGCGCCUUCAGCUCCUGCAACAGCUACAUGCUCACCCCGUACCAAAACACAGGCAGCGACGUGUACGACAUCCGCCCCGACACGCCCGCGCAGGACACCGGCGUGGACCAGUGGCUCAACACCCCCAGCGUGCUCGAGGCCAUCGGCGCCGAGGUCACCUCGUUCGAGGAGUGCGACAACAGCGUCUACAACGCCUUCUACAACAGCGGCGACUGGAUGCAGCCGAUCCACCGCCUGGUCCCGGACAUCCUCGCCAAGAUCCCCGUCCUCAUCUACGCCGGCGACGCCGACUUCAUCUGCAACUGGCUCGGCAACCGCGCCUGGACCAAGGCCCUGGCCUGGCCUGGUAAGGAUGCCUUCAACGCUGCUCCCGUGCAGCCGCUUAAGCUUGGAGGCGGCGGCGCUCAGUGGGGGAACCUCACGACCUCUGGGCACUUUGCCUUUAUUCAGGUCUUCCAGGCGGGCCAUAUGGUUCCCACGAACCAGCCGCAGGCGUCUCUGGAUAUGAUGAACAGAUGGAUCGCGGGAGAGUUUUCGAGCUAG